AUGAAGCCAGAGAUCAUCCGCACCGUCUCGCCCCUCCACAUCGGCCAAUUCAUGUUCGUGCGCAUAGAAACCGAGUCCGGAAUUACAGGCUACGGCGAAGCCGGAAUCUGGGGCCACAUCGAGGCCGCCGCAACAGUUAUCGCGCGGUUCGCAGAGUACCUCGUUGGCAAGCGGGCAUUCGAUAUCGAGCACCACUGGAACGUGAUGCACCGCUUCAGCUACUUCCAGGGGAUGGCGAUUAAUGCGGGGAUUUCAGCAAUUGAUAUCGCGCUGUGGGAUAUCAAGGGCAAGGCGUUGGGGGUCCCUAUCUAUGAACUCCUCGGCGGAGCAUGUCGGACUAAAGCGCGGGUUUAUGGUCAUAUCUACGAUUCGACGAUUGAGAAGGUACUCGAGGAGUGUAGACGGAAGAUGGACAUGGGGUUUACAGCCUUUGGGCACAUUAAUCCGUUUCUCGACGAGGGGGUCGACAAGGUCUAUUUCAAAACGCACAUCAAGAAGAUGGAAGACGCGAUUGAGAACGUCAAGAAGAUGCGCGCGGUCGUGGGUGACAAGGUCGAUCUGCUCGUUGAGCUUCAUCGCCGGUUAACGCCUGCAGAGGCGAUAACCUUCUGCAAUGGAAUCAAAGAUACAUGCCCCAUGCUCGUGGAGGAUCCCAUUAGGCCCGAGAAUGCAGAUGCCAUGGCGCGCGUGGCAGACCGCAUUGCCGUCCCUAUUGGAACAGGAGAGCGGUUCUCGACUAUCUACGAGUUCCAGGCCCUGCUAUCUCGGAACGCCCUGGAGUAUGCGCGCGUUGAUGUCGCCGUCUGUGGAGGAAUCACUGGCGCAAGGAAAGUCGCUGCCAUGGCUGAAGCACAUCAUGUCCAGGUCGUGCCUCAUAACCCUCUGUCGCCGAUUGGUCUCGCGGCAUGCUUGCAGGUCGCUGCUGCGAUUCCGAACUUUGCUAUCCAGGAAUAUUCGACUGGGUUUGAGGCGGGCGUGUUUGAGACUACGGCGACGCAUCUCGGCAGUGAUAUCGUGGACUACGUUCCUCUACCGAAGGAUGGAUUUGUUGAUAUCCCCUCUGGCCCAGGGCUGGGUGUGAAUUUGGUGAACAAUGCGCAGGAGAUUCGCCCAGCUUUGGUUCAGCCGAUUAAGAUGCGGCCACAUCGAGAUGGGUUUGUGGUUGAUCAGUAG